AUGUCAGCUGAACCCUCACCUCAGAUCAAGGAGUUUAAAAAGAAAAAGCCAUUGCCAAAGAUACCAGUGGAUCAACAAUCACAAUUUGAUCUCUUUCAAGACGCAUUGGUCACCAUCUACUGUGAACAACAGCUGUGGGUGAAUGAAGGCUGGAAGGUAUCCUACUGUAACCCUGGUUUGCCGCAACACGUAGAAAAACCAUUUGAGCCCUUACCUAUGCGUCACAAGCAGUCCAAAGAACAGAUUGAACCUGAUCUGAGCCUACCUUCAUUGGAUCAUAGCACACCUGAUUCACCAGCAUCCUCCGUUCCAGCCCAACUGUUUUCUGUUUCCGAAAACUACUUUCAACCAUCCCCUAUGUCUUCAGUUAUCCCAAGCCCAUGGAGCACGUCCACUACAAAACGAUCCGUUGUCCAGCGACAAAGUAUCAGCCGAAUUUCAACAGGCUCCAUUCUUGCCGCUCUUCCUGUCACCAUAACCCAAACUCCUGAUGAAGCGUCAGAUAUGCAACAAGACAAUUCAAUCAUUAAAGACGAUGUGUAUUAUAAAGAGAUCAUGAGUAAGCAUGCAGGAAGCAUCAUUGCCUCCUUUAGUCUGGUACAAGUCCGUUCGAAUAUAAAGCUUUAUCGUCGUAUGGCCCUCAAGACGCGAAACAGGGAGACUCAGAUGGCUUAUGCUAGAUACUUGUUGCGUAUUGUUAAGCUAUACCCUAAAUCAUCCUCAUCGGAUGAAACUGCAGACACCAGACAUAGGUUGCUCUCUGAGGCAGGUUAUUGGAUUGAAAGAUUAGCCAAGAAAGGUCAACCGGAAGCUCUUUUCGUCAAGGGCAAAUGGCAUUUACUAGGUCCGCAGGCGGAUGACUGUGUUAUCAAGGGGUAUGAAAAGGUCAGAGAAAGCAAGGCAUUUAAGUGUUUUCGGCAGGCUUCCAAGGCUGGAUGGGUGGAUGCGUUUUAUGAGUUGGCGCACUUGUAUAAAAAGCGUGGGAAAUACGAAAAGGCCAUCAUGUACUAUGAAAAGGGUGCUAAAGAACAUCACACGCUCUCGAUUUAUAAAAUGGCGAAAAUUUACCUAAGAGGACAAUUGAAAAGACCAGCAGAUAUCGAAAAGGGCAUACAAUAUUUAAAGAUAGCUGCCAACGUAAAUGACGAAGUAAGCGCAGAGCCAGCAUUCGUCCUUGGUUGUAUCUAUGCAGAUGAAUUAGAACGUAUCGGUGUUCAAAGGGACUCGUCGAUAACCACCAAUUAUUCUCAAGCACUGGAAUACAUAAAAAAGUCAGCCAACUAUGGGUAUCCCGAUGCAGUCUAUCUAAUGGGUCAGAUAUCCGAGAUUGGUAUGUUGGGCCAACAGAGUGAUGCCUGGAUGGCCUAUCAACACUAUUUGAAAGCAGCAGAGGCAAACCAUGCAGGCGCGAUGUUAGACUUAUCACGAAUGUAUCUCGAAGGAAUUCCAGGUCUGCUUGCAUCACAAAAAACGAUUGCCUUCAAGUGGUGUAAGCGUUCUGCUGAGCUCGGAUUCGCACAAGCCGAGUAUGUAUUAGGUAAAUAUUACGAAGAUGGCAUUGGUAUUUCUCCCGACUAUCCUCGUGCAUUGGAAUAUUUCGGUAGAGCUGCUUCAAAAGGUUGCCAUUUGGCAGCUAAAAGGCUGAAUAAAAUAAAUUUUUGCUCAGAUUACUAA